AUGGGGCUGUUACGUGUCGUUCCCACGUCUCCCCCACCGGUUCUGCCUUUAUCUUCCCCCACCCGCUUUCUAAUCACCCAUUCAACAUCCGAUUUGUGUUAUUUGCCCACCGCCUCACACCGAUGCGUAGUCGGCUCCCAACUUCGACUGCAGAUGGUUUCCCGGUCAAGGCGCUUCUUCUCCACCUUUUGUACUUCUCUCUCCUCCUACGACCUCCUUGCACCUCCUCAGUCCCACCGAUGGCACCGACGUCUGCUUUGGUUCCCGUUCCCUCUCGCUUUCUUCUCUAUUCGGUAUGAGCGCUAUAUAUUUGCACUUGAAGAAGCUUCUACAGAUGUACUAGCUACACUUAAGGAUAAAGCAUUGAAGGGCCCGAUUUUGGGUUCAUCAAACAUUUACCGGCUAGGUGUUAGCUUAAUUUUAUCAGUUUCUGCAAACGUGAUUCAAUGCUUUCUCUUCGAUUUUCUCUUCCUAUCAGAAUCUGAAACCGAUUGUCAACCCCAAAUCAAAGCUGAAGGAAAUUGGAGAAAGAAUUAUCAGGGGGAAAAUCCCAUUUUGUGGAAUCAUGUGGUUUGCCAAUAA